AUGGACAACCUGACAUUUACAAACGACAUUCUCCUCAUGGAGGGACUGAAAGUUGCACAUCAGUCUUCCUAUCCUGUUUUCAUCCUGCUUCUUUUGGUUUAUGUUUUUACAAUGGGAUGUAACAUCGGACUUAUAAUAUUGAUCUCCACUGACAAGAAUUUGAAUCACCCUAUGCAUUUUCUGUUCUGUAACUUGCCACUGAAUGAUAUCCUAGGGACCACUGUCAUUAUGCCACACUUACUACAGGAUACUUUAAUGCAAACCUCAAAGCGCUAUAUGACAUAUGUGGAGUGUGUUCUUCAAGCUUACUUUGUUCACAUAUUUGCAGCUGUAAGUCACACAACGCUAAUGAUCAUGGCCUUUGACAGAUAUGUGGCUGUAUGCAAUCCACUGCGAUACACAGCCAUAAUGACCAAUAAAAUGGUGGUUAAACUAUCAGCAUCUGCUUGGGGGGUGUCAAUACUGGCAGUGGGAAUUUUAAUUGGACUCACUGUACGCCUGUCUCGCUGCAGAUCAAAAAUUGAAAACCCUUUCUGUGAUAACGCCUCACUGUUUAAAUUGUCCUGUGAGGACAGUGUGGCUAUUAAUAAUAUUUAUGGAAUAUUUUCUACUGUGGUACUCUUUACCUUCUCACUUGGGUCUGUUUUCAUAACAUAUGGAAAGAUUGCUGCAGUAUGCAAAAGAAGUAAAAACAAAGCAUUUAACAGCAAAGCCAUAAAAACCUGUGGAACACACAUAGCUGCUUAUAUAAUCAUGCUUGUUUCUGGUGCCAUCAUGGUUUUUUUCCACCGUUCUCCUCAAUAUUCUGAAAAUAGAAAACUAGCCAGUAUAAUGUUUCAUUUAAUACCACCAGGACUAAAUCCUUUAGUAUAUGGUCUACAGACCAAAGAGAUAAGGCAAAGGGCUGUUAAACUUUGCUGCAGAAAUAAAGUUAAUGUCAAGUAA